AUGAACAAGUUGCCAAGAUUAUUUGGGAGUCUGAAGAAUCUGCUCCAUCUUGAUUUAUCAGGUUGUUAUAUGGUUGAUGGUGUACAUGAAGCUUUGGUCGGUCUUACCAGUCUGCAACAUUUGAAUUUACAACAUACACAGCUCAGUUUGCUGCCAGAUGAUCUGACCAAGCUCCGGUAUUUAAACCUAUCUGGAUUGACAAAGAUAGUAGUUGAUUCCUCUGGGACAUUCAGUUUUCUCUCUGAGACCUGGGACAUUCUCACCAACCAGGUAUGCAGAAUUAAUCUUUCAGAGCUAGAGCAUUUGGACUUGUCUGCAAAUUAUCAGAUGAAAAGAAUACCAGAAAGUAUUUGUAGCAUGACCAAACUGCACACAUUGGACCUCUCGGGUUGCACAAAAUUGGAGAAAAUACCCGAAAGUAUAUGUACAGUUGGUAGCUUGAAGUUUCUUUAUUUAGAGGAUUGUUACAGUCUUGAUGAAAUACCUCAACUCGGUAGCAGUGCAAUAUCGUUACCACACUUUGUGGUGCGUGCUGGUAAUGAUGGAUCUAGCAGCAAUCUUGUCCUGCUAAAGCCCACAGAUCCUUCUGAGUUGGAGAUAACUAAGCUUGAAAAUGUGAAGUCCGCAGGAGAGGCACAUAGUAUAAAAUUAAUGGAAAAGCAAAGCAUUCAGAUGUUGAAACUGGAGUGGACUCAAGGUGUUGACAGAUUUGUGGAUGACAAAAUGUUGCUGAAAAAACUAGUGCCUCCAAGCACAUUGAGGGUGUUGGAGAUAUGUGGUUAUAACAGUGUCAUCUUUCCAGGCUGGGUAGUGGGCCAACUACCAAACCUGGACUCACUGGUUCUCAUAGAUAUGCCAAAUCUGGAAGAGUGGGACACUUCAUACUCCACCGGUGAGGAGAAGGUGUUAAUAAGAGUGCAAAUACAUGGUUGCCCCAUGCUAAGGAUGAAAGGGCCUCUGCCUAAAGCUAACAUAUGGGAGAUAAGAUGCAGUGAUAAUGUGUUAUCAUCAUGGGAUGAGUGCAUUGUGUCACACACUAAUGCUUCUUCGUCUUCUUCUAAAGUAACUACUAAGCUGUCAGUUAGAGACUGCAAGGGGCCUCACCAAUGGAGGUGGCUUCAACACUUCCCUGGACUCACUUAUUUGUCUAUUAACAAUUGUGGCGAUCUAACCGGCUCACCAGAUAUCAUCCAACUACUAUGCUCUUUGGAGGAACUAUGGCUAGAAGACGAAGACAUGGACGAACUGCCAAUAUGGUUGGGUGAGCUCCCAUCUCUAAAGAAUCUGACUAUACAUAAUAGCAAUGGUGUAAAGGAGUUGAACGAGAACAUGAGGCAACUCACAAAGCUUAAAUCGCUAGAACUGGGCUUCUGCAAAAGCAUAUCUGCAGUGCCACAUUGGCUAGGCGAAUUGACCUCUCUCAAGAAACUUGAGAUACAUAACAAUGAAGGCUUGAGGUCCUUGCCGGCAAGCAUACAACGACUCACCAGCCUCCAGGAAAUGGUACUUAUUAACUGCGAUGCAUUAGAGCACGUGGUUCCUGAAUCAGAGGAGGGUAAGAUGAAGCUGGCUGACAACCAACAAAGUGAAUCUGCUCUGCCCACCUCUCUAAAGAGUCUUUGUCUGAGUCGAUGUGUUGGUAUCAAGUCUUUUCCUGCAGGAAUACAUCAACUCACUAACCUCCAAUACCUAGAAAUAACUAGGUGCCCUGGACUAAAGGAAUGGUGUGAAUUAGAGGAGACCAAGAUGACGCUGGCUCGCAUAGAAAAGAAGAUUAUUGAGUUCUAG